AUGGGUGAAGCUGAAAUAGCUGUGAGUGCAGCACUUGAACUUUUCAAGGCCAUAUCCUUCUUCAUCACCAUAAAUAUUUAUCAGUGGCAGAGAGUGUUUGUAGAAAAUCUAAGGAGACGGACUGAUUUGUCUGGAGAAGGCUACAGAGACUCUAUUGGUGAUGAGCACUUUCAUCUAGAAGUGGCUUUGCCUCCAGAGAAGACAGAUGGAGUUUGCAGUGGAGAUGAAAAGAAAGCAGAAAAAGAAAGUGACACACGCGCAGGUUCCAAGAAGCAACUAAAAUUUGAAGAAUUGCAAUGUGAUGUGUCUGUAGAGGAAGAUAACAGGCAAGAAUGGACCUUCACACUGUAUGACUUUGAUAACAACGGAAGAGUCACACGUGAGGAUAUUACCAGCUUGCUUCAUACCAUCUAUGAGGUAGUUGAUGCAUCAGUAAACCAUUCUCCUAGUUCCAGUAAAACUCUGCGAGUGAAACUUACUGUGGCACCAGAUGGCAGCCAGAAGAAGAAAAGUAUACUGUUAAAUCAUACUGAUUUGCAGAGUGCAAGGCAUAGGGCUGAAAGCAAAGCCAAUGAAGAGUUAAGAAGCUCUGAAAAGAAGCAACGGGCUUCUCUCAGAUAUCACCAGAGUGAGAACAAUCCAGAGCAAAGUGAGUGCUAUCGUCAUUGUGUUGAUGAGAACAUUGAAAGGAGAAACCACUAUUUGGAUCUUGCAGGAAUAGAAAACUACACAUCAAAGUUUGGGCCAGGAUCUCCUCCAGCAGUUCAAAAACAUGACCCACCAAGCAGAGUUGUGAGUCAAACUAGAUCCCGUUCUCAUGAACCUGAAACCUUCCAUGCCCACCAUAGGAAAUCUCAAGUGGUGGAUCCAAGCCACAUCAAUCUGGCUGAGAGUUCUUAUGCCAAGAUUGCAGAAAUCCAACAGAGGCUCCGGAACCAGGACUCAAACAAGCACUUUGUGAGAUCUCCCAAGGCCCAGGGUAAAAAUGUUGCUCCUGUGCAUUCUGGAAGGGCAGUAAGAAAUAAACCUUUUCAAGGAGGGGCCAUGCCAAUGGCUUCCCCAAGUGCACGGGUGGGCCAGAAUCUUCCUUAUCUCCCCUUGCAGUCUCAACAGGUUCAUAAGAAGCAUAAGCAGAGAGCAAAGGAGAAUCACCAAAUGUGCAAAACCUUCCAGUCUCCAGGGACAGUUGUGGAAAAGGAACAUGUGAGAGACCUGCCAACAGUCAUUCUAUAUGAAGGUCAAGUUGGACAAAUGAUACAGAGACAUGAACACCACCACCACCAUGAGCACCACCACCACUACCAUCACUUCUACCAGACAUAAAACAGAUCCCACCAACAUCCUCCAGGAGUCAUCCCAUAUGAAGGAAGCACGUUCUUGUGACACCAGAACUAAGGCAUUACUGAUUAAUAUUAUUGUUACUCCAUUAAUAUUCAGCUAGCAUUUAUUUUAGAGGUUAUAUGGAACUCUUGAAACUUACCCUAUUUAUAUGUUGUGGAACUGCAUAGCUUACUUAAACAACUUGUGGAUUUUUUUUUUUUUUUAAGUGGCUUGUAAAACAGCAAACAGCCAUAGCUUUUUGAGCUGUGAUUUAAUGCAGGUCGUCAGCACACUUCUUUACAAGUACUACUUCCAUUGUAGAAGGAAAGAUACUUCAAACACUAUUGCAGACAUCUAGCUUACCAGUCUGCUUGCUGUAUGUCGGCUGAUCGCACACAAGCCUUUUAUCAGGGGAGCAAUGUUCGAAGUUUUGGACUCCAGAGAUGCUCAGAAUAACAGAAAAUACAAACAGCUGCUACCUCUAGUAUUAUUCAGAUUUUAUUUUCUUUUUAUUGAUUGUAAUGUGCUACAGGGGGAAUUUUAAUAUACUGCAUUGGUGUAGCCUGUUUGUGUUCACAUCCUUUCAAAUUAUCUUAAUUACAUGGAAAUAUUAGCUAUACUUGUCAACAGAGCUACAUCUGUACGACUUACACUUUAUUUUCUUUGAGAUUCUUCACCGACACAAAUACAGUUUGUUAUAUACUGGGUAGUAUUUAAAUACACUUUUUUUUUUUUUCUCUUGCUUACUCUCCAUUCUGUCUGGGGUAACCAUUUGAAAAGAGGAGGAUGUGAAAUGGUGUUCUCAAAACCAUCACUAAACUUUAGUGCUUGGGCCAUAAGUAUAAUUGAUGGGGGUUUGGGAAGGAGAGGGGUUAUUUGGGGUUUUUGUUUUGUUUAAAUCCACAGUUCUUUGUUUUGAGAAAGAAUUGAGGAAAAUAUACUUUCUCACUUUAAAUGUUGGCAAAUAUAUAUAAGAUAUAAAUAUAAAUAUAUAUAUAUAAAUAUGCACACUCUCAGGUACAUUUUGUUGUGUUUUAGAGAUCUGUGGUUUGAGUAUUAACAUUAUGAUUUUUUUCAGUAACAGUGACAUUAUGAAAGAUGUAACAUGGCAUUUUCAUAGGUGCCUCCAAUUUAAAUUUCUUCAGCACCUACCAAUUUGUGAUUCUCCCAUUUUAGAGACAAUUCAACAUGUAAAAAAAGAUCUUUCACAGUCAUUCUGGCCUCUUCUGCUUCUUUCAUAUCAAAGAGCUUCCUUUCCAUGAGGGAGAAUGAGACCAUGCUCACAAGACCUUACUGGCUGCUGAGAAAUAUGAAAGUCAAAAGCAAAUUGUAAAAGUGAAAAAAAGGGUCGGUCCAAUCAAGAUUUACUUUCUGUAGGGCCCAGCUUUAUAAUACAUUCAGUUGGGUUUUAUAAAGGUCACUGUUUUGCAGGUAGAAAGUGACUGAAAAUCGCCUACAUUGCUUUUGGUACUUUGAAGUAGGGAACUCCUCACAUAAAAAUAUAACUGUUCUAUCAAACAUAUUUGCUUUUGGUUUUAAUUAUUUUAAAUGUUGUGGUAUUUUGUCUAUAGUAUAUAUUGUAAAAUGUAACUAUCCCACAUUGUUAUAAGCCCUUUAUGAUUAUCCUUUCUCUGACUAGAGUUGAUCAGUCCAAAAAGGAGUGCUGACCAGAACUGCUGACCACUUUUAGAGGGAUGUCUCCCUUCCUCAGAAUGCAGAGAUGUCAACUUUUAAAUGAAAAGUUGAAGGCUUUGCCUUCUUAUGGAAUGUGGGUAGGAUCGCUGCUUCUUGGUAAAUAAGUCCAUCUUUUGUCUCCCCCAAUCAGCAGUUAUUUGGGCUUCUUGUCCUCUUUAAAAAAAAAAAAACUUUUUUUUUUUUUUAAGCUGUCAACAGUAUAUUCUGUUAAAUCUAAAAAAAUGUUUUGAAAAUGUGUUUGAUCUGUGUGACAACUAUACUGUUCUGUUUAUUUUUUAAAUUCCUAAAGUCCAAAAAUAUUUAUAUUCAGAACUCUGUAUUGAAAACGUGAAAAGGCCACAAAUUUGGUUAGUUACCACUGAGUUGUUCUAGUCUAAGCCUUUUUUGCUGCUUGUGUAUCAUUCUUUUCAAUGUAUAUAUAAUUAUGGACUGCAAAAAAAAGGCAUUUAUAUGUCUAGUAGAAGGAAUAAGCUUAUUUAUAUUAUAGUGUUAACAAAGUCUGAUGUAUUCGAGUGACUUACGUUAUACCGCAUGCAAACACACGAGUGUACAUUCCAUCUAAGGAGGGAUGCCAUGCUAUUUGUUUUGAAAAUAUUCUUAAAGCUGUUCUCUUUUCAGUGGGGCAUAUGCCAGAAAGACUGGGAGGUGGGAAUUAUUUCCUUGUCAAUUUUUCUAAUGCAGACCAUUGCUGAAAACCAGAAAAUGUUCUGGAAAACUAGAUUGCUCUCAGAGCUGUGGGUUUUUCUAAGAAAGGGCUGCAAAGGGGCAUAAAAGCCCUCUCACUCAAAGAUAAUUUUGUUUGAAAAGAUAACAGCACCAAUAACAAAAUUCCAUCUGAAUGAAAAGUGUGCAGUACUAGCUGUGCAAGUGAGCUUUGGAAUGUAACACAACUGGCCAUUGAAUACAGCCUUGCAUUAAUUUGGUUGGUGUUUUAUAUUUGGAGAUUCAAAAGACAUGUUCUACCUUGUUUAGAUCCUGUGAAAUACAAAACUGUUAAUAACGUGGCAUCCCCAUGCUAAAACUUUACACCAGCCAUGUAUGAACAUACAGUAUCUAAAUACUGUUCUGCAGUUGUGUUAUGUGCAUUAAGUGUGAGUAACAUGUAGCACAGUUUCUUUUCACAGAACCCGAACUUUCCAUAUCUUUUAAAACGUUUGCUUUUCAGUAUUUUGUAUAGUAAAUAUAGAUGGUUUUGACUAAAUGCUUUAUUUAUUUAACAGCAAAAACUGUGCCAAGAGAACCCCCUGUUAAUUAAAGUUUUACUAGUUCAGAAAGUAUAUUUCCUUCUUCUUCUCGUGGAUUUCAGGAGCUUAUUGCAAUUGCUGUCAGUGCUUGCAGACCUCACUGAUGAAAGAACUUGCAUUAACGUUUUUGGGAAUAGGAUCAGAUCAUGAGGUAUGGACUUGAUAUGCUUUGGCUUUAUAAUUAAAGUGCUAACUUUAAAAAUUAAAUUUCUUGUCCCCUACUAUUAGAGCUGUGUCAUGUAACUGAUUUUUCAGGUUGGUUUUAAUUCUGAAAACCUUAAAAAAUUAUAAUUUGGGUGGGAGGGGUUAAAACUGUGGCCAAAUCUAAAAUUAGAAGAGAUUAGUUUCUGGUCAAACAAAACAUUUAAUUUCCAAGGAGAAAAAAAUAGAGUUUAGUAUAUUGUUACUAUUUGAAAAUAAAAUGGAAUGGCAUUAAGUGAUUUCGAACAAAACCAGCAGCCUUUUCCCUUACUUUUUCUAUUUUUACAUAAAACGAUUCAGCAAAACGAAUCCAAUCCCCAAAUUUGCACUGAUUGCUAGUGAAAAUUUCAGCUGAAAAAUUUUGCUCUGCUACUUACAAUUUUGAGAAAACCAAGCUUUCUAAAAUAAGGAUUGCUAAGCUCUUCCCACAACUUCAAGAGCACCUCAUGCAAAGUGAACAAAGCUAAGGAUAGCAAAGUAAAAUCUCUGUCCCAGUGAAAUCUGGCAAGAUUUCCAGAUUGUCACUGGCUUCAGGGUGUCCAUAAUUUCAUUCCAGUGCUUUGGGUUUAAUGUACAGACAGUGAUUUCAGCAUUUACUUUUUAUGCAUCUUACUGCUGAUGGUUUUGUAAUAGCUGAUAUUAAAUAGAGACGUAUAAGAGAUCAAGCUGGUAAGUUAAUUAAAAUGAGCAGAAAUACUGUGCUUUAUAUUCAUAUCAUAAAGCACUUCCAAAUGUCUUUCAGACAUCCACCCAUCAUUUAUUCACUAACAGAAACUUAGACCCAGUUCUGCCCACGGUUGAAGUACAGGCUCUCCUGGUUGUAUCAGCAGACCACCCACUUCAGGCAAACCCUGCAAGCCACGUUAUCUUUGACCCCUCUGGCUGCCUUCCUACCCUAGUCACCAUCAGCACAGAACAGCAAAUACAGCUGGAGAAGUAACUUAGAGGAAGUGAUAUGUACGUGUUUGUACUAAAAGGUAUCCUCUGUCAGAAAUUAGUGAAUGCCUCAGAACAUACUCUGGCAGAGGUGAUCUCUUACUAAUGGGUAACUACUGUGUUUGCUCAACAGUCUAAAUGUUGCCACAUAAUUAUAUAGAUAUGAUGAAUGCUUACUGUUCUCCACAUGUCAUUGUGUACCUCAAUUAUUGAGUGACAGAUUUCAUUUGUGUUCCAAUUAACAAGAAAGUUAGGCCCCUUGGGGCACAGUUACACUUGGGAAAAUUCAUCGUGCUAGAAAAUCUGCAAAAACAUUUAACAUAAUUUUUGCCUGGAGUGUAGGCAAGAAUGUUCAUGUUUGGAAACAUGUCAGCUAAUCAGCUCUCACCUUUAAUUACCUUGAUGCAAUUCAUCAAAAUCUGAAAAUACAUUUUCAAACAUGAUUUACGGUUUCAGUGGGAACUAAGUUGUAUUCAGCAUCAUGUUCAUUAUCAGACUUCUUUUUUUUUUUUUUUAAACCUACCAAGCAGAAACGUGUUAGAAAAUCCAUGAAAUAAAAAUUGACCUUCGUAUGUUUGCUGCAUAACUUCUGGAUAUGAGAUUUCUUCUCUAAUGCACUUAGCUGCAAAACCACCCACAAUUUAUCACAUAAUUAUUUAUUUUCUUCGCAUAAUUAGCAACUGUUCAGUUGAUUUGACUUGGAAGAGGGAUGUUUAGGAUCUUUUUUUACUUGUAUACAUUUAAAAUGUGCUAAAAAUGGGCUAAAAAAAACAGACUUAGAAAAGCAAAUAACAUUCUAUUGAAAUUAUUCAGUAGGCAUUAUACUGCAUCUUAUUUGCAGUUUGGAUGCUAGUUAUUAAAUAGAGAGGUUUUCAACGAUGAGUUAAUUUACUUCUGUAUUUCUAUAUAAUUCUAGAUAAUUCAAUCCUACUGAGCUAAAGUGAUAGAAAUGAUAUGGAUGAGUUCUUCUAAUUUCUUUGUUUUAAAAUAGCAGGACUUAAGGACUAUACAUAUGGAUUACUGUGAGGUUUAGAGCUGUGAAGAAGGACUGACAAGGGAAGGAUGGAAAGAUUUGUGAAGUGUGGGAAUAGCAAAGGACCGUCUACCAGUGGAGGAAAAAACAGCAAGGAGGAAGGAAAAUACUGUAUGUAGAAGAAGCUACAUUCAUACUGCUUUCAUGAACCUCUUGUGGUAUAUUUGUUGCUCACAAAACAGCAAUAAUAGCUCAUAGAAUAUAUUUCACAGGGAAAACUUGAAAGACUUUCUAGAAGAGGUCCAUCUCCGAUGUGCAGUGGGAGGCGCAAGGCAGGAAAGUUGUGGAUAGUCACUGGGGCUCUUUGGCAUGGCAGCAUGAGAAACACUGCCCUGGGUUCCUGAGAACCAGUCCAAGUCGAGGGAGUUUUUUGCAUUAGCUGGGGUGUUUCUUCUAUAGAUGGUUUUUUAUAUUCUUUAGUAUUCACCUUGAAUUAGAGCAUCAGAUCCUUCUCUUCUUGAUUACAAACAAGUUGGUUAAAUGUUGCCCAAAGCUUCCAUGCCUACCCUGUUUUCUAACUGCUAAGCACUAGCUUUGCCUUGGAAGUCUACUGACACCCAGUCUAAUCCUGAUAUCACAAGAAACUGCAGCCUGGAUCACACUAAUUGUCUCGUUGGCCUGGUAUUUCAGGGUCUAGAAAGUAGAGAGUUCCAGAAGUUUCACAAGAAUGUUGAAGAUAGUGUUAAGGGGCUUUAUAGAUUUGGAAAUGGGCAAGAAUUAAUCUAACGAUAUCAGGAGUAUUGAUAAUUAUGUGCACUGUGCUUUCUGGGGUUUUGUAUGUUUUGUUUUACAAAGUGCAUAGGAAGUGGGCUUCGUGUCUUCCUUUGAGUGCCUAGUCCAUGUAGACAAAGCAAGCCUGUAAUUGCUCUUAGCUAAGAGAUGUGCUAUUUUGGUUAGCCUGUACUUUACGAAUGAAAACUGGGUUCAGAUCCUUCUGGUGCUGAGUGCUUAUUCGUGCACUUAAUCGUUCCCAUUCUGUUCUAUUUGUUCAGUGAAGCACAUUAAGGCUUUGUGAAUUUUUUAAUAAAACACAUAAUUAACUGGGCCAAAUUUGUCUCUAGCUUCACAAAUGGAAACCAGGAGAACCCCAUGCAUGUCUUUGAAUUUGGACCUUCAAAUGCAGUUUGCUAUAUAAGUCAUCAUUUUUUCUUGUACUAAUUUCAGAUAUUUGAU